CCACACGCCGAAGCGUCUACAAGACAAUGGCGCCAUUGGUGUCCACACGGCGACAGUUGGUACAAUAUAGGACAAUAAGACUGUCUGUCUCAUCCCAGCACAAUCCGGCUUGGCCCCUAUCCUCGACGCCGAAUAGUCUAUCUCGCUUUUAUCGCACAGGUACUCAUACCUGAUGCACGGCCGGCGACCCAUUAGCGUGCGAGGGGGAGAAGCUGACUGUCGCCAGUCGUCUGACGUAUGUAUAAAAUAGAGCUGUAUAUUUGGGGGAAGUGGACAUCCCCGCCGCCGCUCCGCCCUGAUGAGCGUCAGUUUAGUCUAGCUGUAUACCUAUGGUCUCGCGACGUUUGAGACGAGAUAUUCCAUAGGCUCGUGGGUGGCUGAACUGCAACUCGACCGAACCGAAUAAGCUUAUACAAAGCUGCCUUCCUGCGCAUAUCCUCCAUCCUUGGGAUCGGAUAGAAAGCCUAUCACAUUAUGAUAUUGCAGCCCCAGCCCAGCAACAAAUUUUAUGACCCUGAAUCCUGGUGCGGCGGCAACGGCGUCGGCGCGGCAAAAGAUUACGUGAAUUAUGACCUACUUCUACGUAUUCUCGCCAGCGUUCGACCAGGCCAGAGCCUAUAAUGGCUGAGAUAUAUAGGUAUGGCAGAGACCUGGUUUCUCUGUCGCUCCGGCUCACGCUUUAAUAUACCUUAUGGUUUAGCGAACAGCAUAGACAAAAGUUGAUUCUUACUGACGACAUUUUGCAGUGGUUAUACAUGCAUAAGACAUGGCUUACGGUCAUAUGUAUCACACCGUUGUGCAGGCAAAAUCUUGCAUAAAAAUCAGCUGUUUUCUCCCGAUUAAGCUAAUUGUCUCAUACAAUGAUAAUCAUGUGAUCUGAGGCUUUCUUUUUUUCUGGCUCAGGCGUGUAUACUGCUGUUCUGCUCGGCGGUGACGGAAGGCGGCAACUUCGUUUCGCGCAGCGGCCGGAAUGUUUGCGCUUUCCGGCCGGAGGGCAUAACAUGUCACUUUCCGAUCGCUUUGGCAAAUGAAAUGGUAUACGCGCCACGGCCGGAAUAAAGAAUGCUCAGAUCGCAUGUUUGCCAUUUUUUUACAAUACACGUGCGAUCCGAGACAUUCUUUAUGUAUCCGGCCUAGGUGCGUAAUAUACUAUUACACACGUUUUCGAUUACUUUACCACACCGAUAGACUGUACAAAAUGGUGUAACUAAUUGUUAUACAUUGUUGCAACAAUAGAUAAUACGAUGUUUAGAGUUUAUCGGUAUAGUUAAAUAAUAAAAAAUGUGUGUAGGAGGAUUUUGUGCAGUAAAUGUUUGUGUACACUUUUUAUGUGCACAGAACACUGAUAUGUAUGUAGAGUUUUUGUCCAGGCGCAUACUAGUUUGCAAAACAUAUCGACAUUAACAUUCAUUCCUCGUUCAUCACCCGAGGUGUACAUUUCUAGGUAUAUGCAGCGCGCCUGCGCAGUGUCGAUGGAAGUAAUGGUCGUGAUUUUUCGGAACGACCCAAUCAGAGCCGCGCUGCAACACCCCCAACUCGGUGUGACCUGACGAGGCAGAGGGUAGGGAUGCCUGCAGUAUAAAUACUGCACCGAUCCAUUCGUUUCCGUUUCGCUCUAACAAACGUCUCGGCCUCGAUUUCUCGCUUGUAGAGCAAUUAGAAGCUCAUCCGCAGUGACAAAGUGCUAUAACAGUUUCGAUCAACGACGAUGUCUCAAAUUAAGCGCAAGACGAAUUUUUAUUCGGAGGAGACUGAGAAUACAAUUCUCCAGGAAAUGGAGGAGGGCAAGACUUUGGCGCUGGUGGCGCGCGAAAACGGCAUCAGAGAGUCGACGAUCCACGGAUGGCAGGACAAGAGAGCACAGUCUGGCGUAAACGCCAAAUUAGUAAAGGCCAAAAGAAGGCUGAAUUACGCGUCUCAAUGCAGAGAUGACAAGGCAGACGCUGCAUCAACGUCGCCGAUUCCAGGCGAUCAGCCAACAUCAGCCUCAACGGCUAAAUCCUCGCUCAUCCAGGAACAAUCUACAAAUCUUUGGGAAGCAGAGAUCAACGGGCUUGUUGCCCUUUACAAACUGAAACAUGGAGAUGACAAGUACCUUCCAAAAUACAUCGCAAAUUUGUGGCACCACCCGCGUUUCAAGAAUAGCUCAGUAUAAUUCGACGCUCCUAACGAAGACUGGCCUAGGUGUGCUUUUCUGCUCGACGAUGCCGGAAAUAAGCGGCAACUUCGUUUUGCGCAGCGGCCAGAAAGUUUGCGCUUUUCAUACACGAGAUAUAGACUGUCCAACUUUUUCCUCGCUAGGCCCGUAAUCUACUAUUUUGUAAUACAUGCACGAUUUUUGCGUUUUUCUCACCUAUUAAGCGGGCGUAAAGUACUAGUUUUUGCCCGCUGACGAAAUUUUCAGUUUAUGAGUCAUAUUUUAAAAACUUAGAAAAUUUUGAAAUUUCCCGCUUUAUAGCCAUGAAAAACGCGAAAAUCCAUACUUGGGUCAGAAAAACUAUGUUGUACACGAAGGGCUAAGUGAGCUUUUUGACCUUGCGUGGUUUGCAGUACUUCUCUUCGGCUCGGAGACACACACUCGCUUUUGAUUCGUACUGCAAACUCCACUCUCGGUCUAAAAAAGCUCAAUUUUUGCCCUUGGUUCAAAAUAAUUAUAAUGUAUAAAUAUGUAAGGUACAAAAUAACUAGAAUGUAUUCGUGGAGGGUUUGCGCGGUGUUAAAAAAUUAAUUAA